AGCUUGUACUCCAAUGGAUCCAUCUAGGAAUAUUUAAACCCCCAUAACAAGAAACCUAUUUGCUUUGAAAUCUAAGCACAAACAUGGCCACUGCUGGGAGAAAGAGAGGAAGAAAGAAGAAGAAAAAGAACAAGACAUUACUAACCAAAAAAAUAACAAAACUCACCAAGAAAUUCAAAGCCACACUUCAACUCCGUCACCAACACUGCACUAAACUCAUCCCACAACUCAUCUCAGCCAUCUCUUCUGCCCAUUCUUUCCUCGUAAAUCACGACCUUCAUCUCCUCCCUAACCAGUCACUUUCCCUAGAAUCCCUCAUCUCCAACACUUCCACUUCCAUUUCCAACAUUGUUUCACUUCUCAACCUCCCACCACCACCUCCACGCGCUGUCCCACGCGCCGAUACACCUUCUCCACGCGCCGCUGAUUGCUGGUUCCAGAGGUUUCUGGCGGUUGAUUCGGACACCCUUUUGGCUGAAUCUUCCAAUAUCGCGAAUCCCGAUGAUCCACGCGCCGCCCCACAACCUCCACGCGCUUCCGAUCGUGGGUCCCAGAGAUUUUUGAAAACUGAUUCGGACACCAUUUUGGCUGAAACUUCCAAUCCUGCAAAUCCCUCCUCUGCACGCGCCGCCGUUGCUUCUCCACGCGCCGGUGAUUUUACAUCCCAGCCAUUACUGGCGGCGGAUUCGGACACCCUUUGUGCUGGAACUUCCAAUUUUACAAAACCCUAUAAUCCACGCGCCGUCAUUACUUAUUCACGCGCCGCCAAUGGCAGGUCCCAGCGGUUUCUGAAAGCUGAUUCGGACACCCUUUUGGCUGAAACUUCCAAUCUUACAAACCCCUCUUCCUCACGCGCCAAUCUUGCUUCUCCACGCGCCGCUGUUUGCGCGUCCCAGCCAUGUGUGAAAGAUGAUUCAGACACCCUUUUGGCUGAAACUUCCAAUUCUACAACCCCCUCUUCCACACGCGCCAACCUUACUCAUCCACGCGCCGAUCCGGAUUCUCCACGCGCCGCUGAUUGGGGGUCUCAGCUAUUUCGGGCAGCCGAUUUGGACAGCCUUUGGGCUGAAAAUUUCAAUCUUACUAAAACCUCUUUCACUCUUUUACUUCGCCUUUUAACACCUUCACUUUCUUCACUUCCUGUUCCACCAAACUAUGCUCUAGCUGCUGCCCUUUAUCGUCUUGCUCAUGGUGCUUCUUUCUCCGCUAUUUCGCGACGAUUUGGCAUUGAUUCCCCAAGCGCGUGUCGCGUUUUUUAUACUGUAUGUAAAGCUAUAAAUGAGAAUCUUGGACAUUUGUUUGAACUAAAGAGUGAUAUCAAUAGGGUUAUUGUAGGGUUUGGUUGGAUAUCUUUACCUAAUUGUUGUGGUGUUUUGGGUAUUGAAAAGUUUGAACUUGAUGGUGAUUUGAUGGGUGAAAAUGGGUUUUUGUUAGUUCAAGCUUUGGUUGAUUCUGAAGGAAGAUUCUUGGAUGUAUCAGCUGGAUGGCCUGGUAGUAUGAAACCCGAAAACGUUUUACGAAAAUCUAAGCUUUAUUUAGGUGUUGAGGAAUCAAAAGAGUACUUAAAUGGUCCAUCUUUUGAGCUAAAUGAUGGAAAUUCAAUACCUCAGUACAUUCUUGGUGAUUCUUGUUUCCCACUUUUACCGUGGGUUCUCACACCGUACAAGGGAUCGAACGAGGAAGAUGGGACGGAAAUGGCGUUUAAUUCUGUGCAUAGAAAAGGAAUGCAGUUGGUGGGGACAGCUUUUGGGAGAGUUAGGGAAAAGUGGAAGCUUUUAGCUAAGAAAUGGAACGAGCAAUGUCUUGAGGCGUUUCCGUUUGUAAUUGUGACUUGCUGUUUGCUGCAUAAUUUUCUUAUCAAGUGUAGUGAAGCAGUGGCGGAUGAAACCAAGGACUAUCCGAGGAAUGAAGAGUUUCUGGUGUUUGAUGGAGAGGUUGAUGAAAGCGGGAAGAAGACUAGGGAUGCGCUUGCCUCGCACUUAUUUAGGGUAAGUCAGAGGGAAUAAAUUUAGUAGUUUAUGUUGUUAUUUCUGCUUAACAUCUUAUAGUGGUAUGUAUAUAUUAGUCUGAUGUUAAGUUGCCUUAGAUAGAAAUUUAGUAGCAGUUUGCCUUUCACAUUUCGAGUUCUAUGUUGGUCUCAUGUAGAAUCAUUUUGGAAAAAUUUAAGUAGUAUUAGCUGCUGAUUCGGUA